AUGAGCUCCGAAGCAAGGACGACUGGCAAUGCGUACCCGGUCUCACUAUCAGAAAUCGAGUUCCCAUCUGCAGCCGUCUCGGUAUCACAGCUCCUAACAUCGUUACGGCGUUCCGCGCUGUCAGUUACAAACCGUCUACGCUCCAUUGAAGCAGACGCCCGCUUUGUGUCACAGGUGGCCGAUCAUUAUGGCGGUUUACCCCUCAUUGCCAACGAACGCUGUGGCAGUUGGUAUAUCAACCCGACGCAAAAGGCCGGUAGCGUCUAUUUCAAGAGUACGGAUGGACACACUGGGGUCUGGGAGUUUAGUUUCCGUAGGCUCAAUUUGCAGGUUCUCCAGAUUGCUCGGCAGCGUGGCGGGUGUAUUAUCGUGGAUUCCACCCGCAGGGGCAAGUUGAUGCCCGAUGCUCUCUCCAAAACUGUUCCGAUAUGGACUGCUGUUUUGAAUCGUGCCCUGUUUCCAUCAGAACCUGCAUAUCAUCCAGUCCAGUUCCCGCCUAACUUUUUACCUCCCUCGGAAGAAGCUCAAAUCGAGAAACGAAUUGACGGGUUCGUCAAGACCUUCAAGGAGUUGAAGCUUGAUUUGGACCAAUUGAGGAAAGACCUAGGCUAUCCAAUCAGAAUUGCCUGGGCCAAUCAGACUUAUUUCUAUCCUACUACGCUUCAGAAAGGGGUUGGCUACAAUCUUUUUGUGCUUUGCUCGGCCUCUAGAAGAGUGCACGGUGCUGAGGCAUCUGAAGGUGGGUAUAUCCAGGGUGCAGGCGACGAUGCCGAGAAAUGGUCUCACGGCUUGACUCCCCCUGUCUUCUGGGGAAAUAGAGACCUUCUUAGUAGUACAGACGAGAGCGAUUUACCAGAUCUCAUCCAAGAGUUGAUCUCGAAAACUGAUUCUCACAACAAUGGUGAUACUAAAGUUGGCGUCCAUGUCCGCCCAUCAUCGAAUCUAUUCAUCUGCCAAUCUCGACCAAACGACCUCAGCAUACAGGGUGAUUACGACCUCGUUAUUGCCUGUAACGAUAACCCUGACCUAUCCACCGCGAAGAAGCUGAAUCUGGGCUGCGGUUCGCACAAACUCGGCAGUCGAGAUUUGCGCUCUGCCCUGGACAAAGUGAAAGCGUUUGCAGAGAAGCAUCUGACAGCUAAUCCGGCGCAAUCGAUACUGGUCGCUUGCGAGACGGGAAAAGACCUCUCCGUUGGAACACUUUUGACUAUUAUUUGCCUGUUUUAUGACGAUCAUGGUAACUUCGUCGGGCCGCAGACAGACCUUUAUAUCGACAAACAAUAUAUCCGCCAACGAUUGACAUGGAUCGUAACGUCGAAGCCGGAUGCUAACCCGUCGCGGGCGACACUUCAAUCGGUCAAUGCAUUCCUUCUGCAGCGGCCAGAUUGA